AUGUUGGGUAGCGUACUCCCUUUCAGCGAGGAAAACGCGGACCGCGUGAGCGAGUACUGCGAGAAGCGAUCGACCCGGAUCACAGGCAACCUGUCCGAUCACUGGGAAUACACCCGGUCCAAGUUCAGCGAUGCGGACAAGAUGUCUUCUCGCCUGCAAGGCGCAUGGAUGAUCUUCACUGCUCGGGAUCGCAAGCCCAAGCGAGUCCUUGAGAUCGGCACGUAUAGCGGAUACAGCGCCAUUGCCUGGUACGAGGGUACCAAGGACACCAAGGCUGAGAUCGUCACCCUGGAGCUGAGCCCGAAGAUGAUUGCUGCUUCAAAGGCUGCCUUCAAGCAGUUCAACGUGGAGGACCGGUUUGCAAACCCUUGA